UCAAAACGCAGAACCACAAACAAAAACACACAAAAGAAGUUUGAGAGAUGGGUAAAAGCUCUUCAAUUCUGGGCGUCUGCCUAACACUUCUACUCCUCGUCCAUGGCUACAAAGCCAGCGAGGAGGAGACGAACCAGCAGAAACAGUGGCAGGGACAGUGGGGGAACGAGUGUCAACUCGACCAGCUCAACGUCCUCGAGCCAUCACACGUGUUGAAGUGCGAGGCUGGUCGGAUCGAGAUAUGGGACCACCACGCUCCACAGCUCCGCUGCUCGGGCGUGUCCUUCGACCGUAUCGUCAUCGAGCCACAGGGCCUCUACCUGCCCACAUACUUCAGCUCCCCCAGGCUCUCCUUCGUCGUCCACGGAAGGGGACUGAUGGGGAGAGUGAUCCCUGGAUGUGCCGAGACGUUCAUGGACUCGCCAGUGUUCCAAGGCCAAGGCCAAAGCCAAGGCGAGAAAUUCCGUGACAUGCACCAGAAAGUGGAGCAUCUGAGGUGCGGCGACACGAUCGGUAACCCGUCCGGUAUAUCACAGUGGUUCUACAACAACGGCAACGAGCCACUCAUCAUCGUCUCCGUCUCCGACAUUGGCAACUACCAGAACCAGCUCGACCGUAACCCUAGGCCGUUCCAUCUAGCUGGAAACAACCCGCAAGGCCAAGUGUGGAUGCGUGGUAGCCAACAGCAACCGCAGAACAACAUGUUCAGCGGUUUCGACCCGAAGAUCUUGGCUCAGGCCUUCAAGAUCGAACUCAGGAUAGCGCAGCAGCUGCAGAACCAGCAAGACAACCGUGGGAACAUCGUCCGAGUAAAGGGUCAGUUCAGCGUCAUCAGGCCGCCGAUUGGACGAGGAGAAGAAGGACAACAGCUCGACAACGGCCUCGAGGAGACUUUCUGUACGAUGAGGUGCACCGACAACCUUGACGACCCGUCCCGUGCUGACGUGUACAAGCCGCAACUCGGUUACAUUAGCACCCUCAACAGCUACAAGCUCCCCAUGCUCCGUUUCCUCCGUCUCAGCGCUUUACGUGGAUCCCUCCGUAACAAAGCGAUGGUGCUACCGCACUGGAACGUGAAUGCGAACGAGGUACUGUACGUGACGAGAGGAGAAGCGCACGUGCAGGUGGUGAACGAUGACGGGAAACGAGUGUUCGACCAGCAGGUCUCGAAGGGACAGCUUCUGGCGAUCCCUCAGGGAUUCGCGGUCGUGAAGACGGCACAGAGCGAGAGGUUCGAGUGGAUAUCGUUCAAGACGGACGACAACGCGAACAUCAACACGCUGGCCGGACGGACCUCGCUGGUGAGGGGGCUGCCGCUAGAGGUGCUGACAAAUGGGUUCCAGAUCUCGUUGGAGGAGGCGAGGAGGGUUAAGUUCAAUACCCUCGAGACCACCCUCACUCACAGCAGCGGCCAGUUCGGGUCCGGUAGGAGGUCCGACGCUUGAUUUUGAGCCUCUUCGCCGUGGUGGUGGACCGAGACAUGAGU